AUUCUUGAUACUUCUUUUUCAAUAUACAAUGCCUCGCGAUAUGUCUCUUCUCACCACACCAGUAACAAACAAUUUCUCUCUGGGUUGCUGCACUUGCUUAACUAAUACCUCAAUUAACUUAUCCUUCUUGUCAGAGAUUACCAGAGCUUCAUGCGUGUAG